UUGCUCGUCGUCGAUUCGCGAACGCGACAUUAGUCAUCACCCACGCGCGCGAGUCGCCGUCAAUAAAAAAAAAGGGUGAGCUAGCAUGCGUACAGUGUACAGCGGCGCCAGUCGUCUUCGUCGAGGAGUAGGGGAAGCUCGAGUCUCCCUCUCGUCCUCUCUCUGCAGGCGAUAAAAAAAGAAAGACGCAACCGUCAGUCGUGUCGCACGCAACUGAGGAGAGAGACACAGUAGCAGAAAAUGAGCAGCAGCGAACGGCUGCUCCUCUGUGACGACGACGACGUUUUGAUAUCUGCGAAUCGUAGUGCUGCCCCAUGUCGCCUUUGUAAAUAAUUACCAUAGUGCUCUACAGUAGAGUGUGUAACCGAGUGAAAGAGACACGGGACGUGUUGUGCGCGAGUGUAAAUAUAUCAUAGCGACAGGAUGAGGGUAGCAGUCUUGGUACUACUCCUGUCUUUGGUGGCCAGGAACUGCGAUGGAGCUGCCACUGACAUUGAGCUUGAUGCCAAAGCCCAGUAUCUCCACAGACUCGACAGUCUCAAUUUGUUACUUUACACCUUUCUGCUGAUAGCCACUGUGCUAACGGUCUGGACCUUCAAGCACAGGAGGCUGAGGUUUCUGCACGAGACUGGACUCGCUGUCAUCUAUGGGCUUAUUGUGGGGGCGAUAAUUCGAUAUGGAUUUACGACGAGUAACACGAUUCAGCAUCUGCCGGUUGUGCCUGCAGCACCAUACAAUCAAUCCAUACCUCCGGACAUACUAUGGUUUCAAGUCUUCGAGAACAAGACCGGCGGCGGCUUCGGCAACAAAACCUACGCCUACUCUUUCCGCGGCGAAAUUUACAAGCAGGACAGCGAGAUUGACAAGAAGGCCACGUUCGAUCCGGAGAUAUUCUUCAACAUCAUCUUGCCGCCUAUAAUUUUCCACGCCGGAUACAGUCUGAAAAGGAAAUACUUCUUUCGAAAUCUCGGGGCGAUAUUGAUGUACGCGCUGGUCGGUACGACGGUCUCGUCUUUUAUUAUCGGGGCGCUGAUGUACGCGUUCAUGCAGCUGAUACCGCACCUGUCGACCUCCUUCACGUUUCUGGACACGCUGUAUUUCGGCGCGCUGAUAUCGCCGACAGACCCGCUGACCAUCAUCUCGAUAUUCAACGAUCUACACGUCGACGUGAAUCUGUACGCGCUCGUGUUCGGCGAGAGCGUGCUCAACGAUGCCGUGGCUAUCGUACUUAGCGGUGCUAUCCAGAAUUACGGCGAGCGUUACCUUACGCCAGGCUCAAACAAGUUCGAGUUGGUGGCCUUCUUCCAGGCGAUGGGCGACUUUGUCGGUAUAUUCAGUCUGUCGCUCUUCAUCGGCGCGACGAUGGGUUGCAUCACAGCCCUCCUUACCAAGUUUACGCGGGUUCGGGACUUUCCGCUCCUCGAGUCAGCUCUGUUUGUCCUCAUGUCAUAUAGUACUUUCCUCAUUGCUGAGGCUUCCGAUCUGACGGGAGUUGUUGCCGUUUUGUUCUGUGGGAUAUGUCAAGCCCACUACACGUACAAUAAUUUAAGUUCCGAUUCCCGUCAGAGGACGAAGCAGCUUUUUGAACUGCUCAAUUUCCUGGCCGAGAACUUUAUCUUUAGCUACAUAGGUGUAUCGAUGUUUACCUUCCCUAAACAUCACUUCGAUAUUGGAUUCAUAAUUUCAGGAUUCUUCUGCGCACUGCUGGGCAGAGCCGCAAAUGUGUACCCGCUUUCGUUCCUGCUGAACCUCGGGCGCAAGCCGAAGAUAUCUCUGAACUUUCAGCACAUGCUUUUCUGCGCUGGUUUGCGUGGAGCAAUGAGUUUUGCUCUGGCGAUCCGUAAUACUGUGUCUGAAGCUAGACAGGCCAUGCUCACAACCACGAGUCUUAUCGUCAUACUGACGGUCAUCUUCCAGGGUGGCAUGGCCUCCCAGUUCCUCAGCUGGUUCAACAUACCAGUUGGCGUAGAUGAAGAAGUAGAAGUAUUAUCACAUAACGGAGUCCGAAGUGUGUAUAACUCCAUGGACACCGCUGGGGUUCACCCAUCUAGACUAGAUCAAUCAACGCUGGACGACGCAGCCCCAAAAAUUAAAAGAAAAUCUCACGCAUACAGGAUGGAUAAGGCAAUACUAAAUCCGCACUUUUGUCCCGUUUCACAGUAUAAUUCUAUGCAGGACGGCUCAGUUGGAGUCGGAACCGGCGGCAAGCCCAACGAGAAGGCGCUGCUCGCGCGCAUCUGGGGCAACUUCGACACUAGGUACAUGAAGCCUCUGCUGACGCACUCGAGGCCGACGUUGCUCGAGACUCUACCCGUCUGCUGUACGCCUAUAGCCAGGCUCUUGACCACCACUCAGCAGAUGACGCAGGACGACAUGGGUCACAAGAUUGAUUCAGAUUCCGACCUGUGCCUGGACGAGCAAGAGUUCGAGAGGCGAAGAGCGAGCAGCCAACCGGUGAGUUACCAUCAGCCUAAUCUGAACUAUACAGUUAACCCGUGCUAUCAGCCUAACGGCACGGAACCGACCUCUGUCUCGGCAGCCUCGGCCGUCCCUUCUAACCGGGACGAGCCCUACGUUAUCCUCAACCUUAACAGGCGAUAAUUUAUUUCAUAUUCGCUCUUUAUAUACGACACCUUUAACAAAAAAAGUCCGAGAAAAAGUAUACAUGGGUAUACGAUAAUAACCAUCAUGUAGUCACUUAUACGGGCGAUUAACUCUUGCUUUAUAUUCUUUUGGCUGCAGUUUUUAUUGUUACCGAUGGACUGAUACUACUACUAAUUUUGCGAACAUUUUUUUUCUAUUAUAUACUGUAUACUAUACCUCCUUCACGAUGUAUGCCACUAACCCCGAGUUUAUUUAUAUACUUAUACUAUCUCCUUGUAUUAUCUUUUGGAUGCAUCCCUAUACUAAUGUGGCUGUACAUUUUAGCCUUAAUCGAUGUAAUCAGAGUUGGGCACGUUACCUCUUUCUUACAUACCUUCAACCCUGUUGUUCUCAAGGAGUUGUUUGCUCUUCAGUUUCUGUUUUAUUUUUAAUACAUAGAUAAGUAAUGUUUGUCUUGAGAAACGUCCAAGUUUACUAGCAUCCCUUAAUCAUUGGUAACAAUCAAACUAGUCCAUUUACGACAUAACCGCAUGAAACACAGAUGUAUAACGUAUAAUUAUAAUGUGAAUUUGGAUGUUACAGAGCGACAUCUUUUUCAUACCCGCAGUAUAAAGAUUCGCAUCGCUCCUUGAAGAACCAGACGAUAAGACUUAAAAACGGCCCAACUCUGAGCUUUAAACAAAAAAUAAGUUCGCGCGCGGGAAACUGCGACGCAGCGCACUUUCCUCCGCGCGACGUGUCACUUACGAAAUACAUGUUAAUCAUCAGUACUUUCUUUCCCAGUAACAAAGUGUAUACAUGUAAUGCCAAAGAUACACGCGUUGUGUAAAAAAAAGAAGCCGAAACUUAAAAAAAUAAUGCUGAACCGUGUAAGAGAGAGCUUACGAGAGGAUUAUAACGGAAAGUGCUUGUAUGUGUGUAUCCGUGUUCAACGAUUCAAACUGUGAUGAAAAAAAAAAUAAUAAAAAAAUAACGGUAACGAUAACUAACAAAAUCUUCUGUAAAUAUAUAGUAGACAGACGCCGCGUUGUUGCCUCGAUUUCCUGUCGGUCGCGAUGAUGAUGUGAGUCGGAGAGACGAGUUCUUUUUUUCUUUGUUUAUUUAUUGGACUGUGUGUGGGAACUGAGUGUGUGGCUAUACUGUAGCGAAACUUUUGCAUGACGGGCAAUCUUAUACACACGGAGAAGAAAGAUUCGCCACUUGAGUAAUAUCGUCAAGCUCUCUAGUCACUAAAGCGACGAUAUAGGUGCGCUGAAUGUUAUAUCGUAUAUACUGUGGUAUUGCGCCAGGAUUUUUCUCUCCGUGUAUACCUUACAUACUAAUUAUUUAUUCUUUCUUGGCUGUUGACGGUUGAGUUUUAGUAGAUUGUUUUAUUUUUUGUUUUUAUUGCUGCUUUGGUUUUAUAUUAACAUCUAAUACGUCAUCUAUAUCAUUUUGACAUAGCUAGUCCGAGUUUGUGUAUACUAACUCUCAUCAUUGGAACUAUAUAUAUAUACGAAACUCGAAAAUUAUGUUUAAUGUCAAUUGGAAAACACCGAAUGAGAAAUUUUCUCUCUAUACUGGGGCAACCUUUAACAGCUUGUCACGAAUUGUAUCUGUGCUUCUGUUUUGUCCGGAUUUUUCAUCAAAUAAGAAAUAAAAUAUGUCUAAUCGGUUUUCUUGUAGAAUAAAACCGUCCCCGUCGAUGACGAAGAGCUGAGAAUCAUUGGAGCCGAGGGAUAUAUUCCGUUGCGAACUUUGUGAAUCAUUUUCUCUUUUUUUAUACGAAAUCUGCAAGCAAGUUUUGUUAUUAUGCGCGUUGACGGACAAUUUUACGAGUCUGCGGACGUUGUAAAAUCGCUUGUGAUUGUAAAUAAGACGACAAUAGUAAUUGGAAUAAUAAGUAUUUACAGAAAAUCUUCACGCAUCGGGCUUUUGAAAAGGAGAAUACUUGACCGAACAUUAAGCAUAAUUUUCUCCCCUCAGUUUCUUCUCCGACAUAUACCUCACAUUCUAGUAACCAAUAUCCUUUUACCUGAGAAUGGCGCGUUUUUGUUUUAAUGACUGUUGCGUUGUUGUAACUUUUUUUUUUAAUAUCGAUGUCAUAAUUAUGUGCUUAGAUUAAUAAUUACAUAAUUGUAUACUCUCCUAGGAAGUAAGUCUUUGUUUACUUUGAUCUUUGUUUCAAAUCUAGAGCGAUAUCCAUACGACCUAUCAUAUGCAUGAGACCCCGAAGGACCGGUACGAAAGCUGGGCUUGAUGUAACGUAUCCAUACUUACGUCAAAGACACACAGAGACACGUCGAUUUAAGUAGUUUUUCUCGUAUACUGCAUUACAUCGCUGCGGAAUCUUGUUUUCUUUUUGCGUUAUAUAUCACAUAUUAUAUAUAGAUACAACGCACCGAAUCGUCCUAUUGUGUACGUAGUCGUUUUAGAUUGUUCCAAAGACGGUCCUCUAUCCGCAGAAUAGUGCAUACACAAAUAAUUCUGUGUUUAAUACUUUGGUGCAGGUCGAAAUCCAUCUUCUGUAUCAUGGGUAUAAGGCCUAUAACACGCUAUAUAAUAUACUGUUCUGUGGUAGCAGAGUCCGAGUCUGUAAAUAUACAUAGUCGGGUUUGCGGUGUUAUAUAAAUACGAUAUAUAUCCUGUACUAUGUAGCUCUGUAAAUUUUCGAAAAGUAACGUUAACAUGAUAAAAACUAUAUUUUUAGACGUGAACCGUAAAGUAAACCCGUAGUUCGUUCCUUUAUACAUAUAGUAUACCGUAAUGAGUUCCGAGCCAGCAUGAUUUGUCACACACAUACACUGCACACACGCACAUAUACCUCUAUAUAUAUAUAUAUAUAUAUAUAUAUAUAUAUAUAUACAUACCAUUAACAUAACACUCUUCUCGUACUGAUAUACCAAAAGCUCUUCUGCUCUGUCGCACGAUUUUCUUCCGCAACAUUUAAGUGCACAUUAUUCAAGAGACAAAAAAAACAACAUUUUCUCCCUUUGUUGGUUGGCAUAUUUGAUUUGUAAUAUGAUUUUGUUUUAAUGUUGUUCUUCACAGACACACGUAAGAGGCAUCAGUGACAGGUCGCACGUGUAAACCGAGGUGUCGAUCCUCCGGCGAACAUUGCCUUCGUCGACAUGUGUCGCGUGUAUUAUUAAUAUACCAUCUGAAAGAUUUUUAUUUUUUUUAUUUCUUCUGUCUUGAGCUAGAUAUUUAUAUAUUAUAGUCAGUGCACUGGUUCUCUUUUUGUUUCGCAUACGUUUGAUACGUGAAUCGUUACAUUAUAUUAUAUGCAGAGUUGUGCACGCUAUUAUUGACAUAGAGGGUAUAUAUACAAAUUUUUUUGUAAACUUGAGUGUGAAUUUUCUUUCCCCGUGACGAUGUAGUGCUUCAGAGUCUCUUUAUUUUUUUCUCUUCGAUCGGUGUGAUUACAAUUUUUGUUCUUCACGAUAUAAUAGCUUUGUUAUAAAUGAUGUAGUCGAGAGGACAGAGGGGAAGUGUAAAGUUAUAUAUGACGAGAGAUACGUUACUGCGUGCAAUAUUUAUUUAUUAACGCGACAAUCCAAACAGUUGUCCAUACCUUGUGUAGAAUCAAUCAGUAUUAAGUCCUCUUCCGGCAGGCUGAGAGUUGCCAGCUUCCUAUGUAUAUCUCUUAAAAUUUAUCGUAAGACCAUGUAUAUUGCAUAAUAUUAUAGUAAUCCACUCCUUAUUGCAUAAUUGCAAAGUACACGGAAAUACAUGUAGCGAAUUGUAAAGUCACUUCUUACCCUAAUUUUCGCUCUUUUUUUCUCAAAACUCCACUUUUGCUCCAUAUACGAAAUCUCGAGUAGAAAAAUAGAAGCUUUUGUAUACAGAUACGAUAAUAAACACGACGACAAUAAUUUGCGAAUGAAAAUCCAGAGUAUAACACGUAAGAAGUAACUUUUGCAAUCUCGAAUCGAUCCGCUGAAGCUAUACGCCCCCUUAUGAUUUACAGAAGGAUGGAAGUGAAAAAUUUGAAAAAUAAAAUGAAAAAUCGAUUGUACAUCGAACGUAUCUGACCCAAUGAUAUUGAUUGUUGAUAUAUAACGUAUAUGUGACUUGUGUAUUGCGUACACGCGGCGGAACAGCUGGAAACUGUGACAGGAGAGGUUGGUCCGGGACCAUUACCGCAGCAUACACGCGUCGAACUGCCAGGUUUCAUAGGCAGAUAUUUGUAAGCACUAUAUAGAUAUAAUAAUUAUUAUGUACUGUAUGAUUUAUUUUGAUUGAUUCGUUAGCGUCGUGUGAUUUUGAUUUAUGCGCUGCUAUAGAUUUUGUUUUCAGUGUUUAUACCGAAGUACCGGUGAUGAUUUUUACGCUCCAACGAUUUUUUAUUUAAAAAUUGAUUGCAAUUUUAUGAUAGAAGUCGAAUUCAUUUUUAGCACGAGAAAAGAAAUAAAUAUUUUAAAUUUUAUUUAUAAUCGUUUUAGUAGACUCAAUCGCCGGUACUUCGCCUAUGAUAAAAGAUCCUAAAAUAUUGUAUAUACGUCUUUGGGCGCAUAAUGGACAUAGAUGUGUUAUAAAUACCGUGUAAUAACUGUCAGAAUUGUCCAACGAUGUGACAACUAUGAAAAAGAACGUACACUCGAUCAAGUUCCAAUAGGACUCGAUCAUUCGUAUGAUAUUAGUCUACGGUGUAUGUUGUUUGAAAAAUAUGUAAAAACAGAUACAUAUACAACUAAAUUUAUGAUACAACAAUAAACGGACAUAGCCAUAACGUUAAUCUUGCGAAAAUUCGUUUCAAGAUACACCAGUACCGAACGCAGGAGCCUGGAUUCGAGCAAACAAGAUAACAGCAGAGGACUCUUCAAUCUAUAAUGCCAUGUGCAUAUAUGUAUUUUUUAAUUACAUAAUAUAAUAUAUAUACAGUGUGACUCGGGGUCGAUCUCGAUCCCGAGAAGCGAGAAAGAGGAUAUGAAAGUAAAAGAAAGAAAGGAUAUUACAGUGUAGAAACGAAAGAAAGCGUUUUAAGAGCGAGUACUAAUCAUUAUAAAUAUAGUAAAACAAUAUACAGUGCGCAGGCUUUAUUAUUUUGGUUGGCGCGUUCGCUAGCCCCUAAAUCGGCGAGUCGUGCGAAUAGAUAUUUUAUUUGAAGUUCGGCUGUGAAUGUCUCUUGUGAAAUCGUUUGUAAGUAUGCGAGUACAGAGAAAAACGAGGAUAAAGAUGUAUUUAUCAUUACCAGAGCGUAUAUGUAUUGUCGACUUUGAUAUAGAGACGCUCUUUGCCGAGCGUGUAUAUGUAUAUUGCGGUGUACAUUUAUUUUUCUUUUUUCGAUCGUUAGUUUUUUCCUUGUAUACAUCUUUCGUUUCUUGCGGUGUAGAGUUUAAAAGAAAGCCCUUAACUAAAUGUCUGUUUCUACAUCCAACACUAACACGCGAUAGUUAUGUGGUAUAACUAUUGAAUUAACGGUAUAACGUUGUGAUAUGUAAUACACGAUGCGGUGUUUAAUAAAAACUUUGUAAAAAUAA